UCCUGUGAAAGACAGCUCCACUUCUCACUUUCAUUCACACUCUGCUUUCCAAAGCUUUCUUUAAUGGCGAUUAUCACAGAAGAAGAAGAGGAAUCCAAAACCUUAGUUCCUCCUCAGAAAAAAUCAGAUUCAGCCAUGACGAAUCAUCAUAAACCCCAAUCUCAAUCUCAAAACCCUUUCCCCUUUUGGUUCUACUUCACACUCGUCUCCUCACUCGCCACUCUCAUAUUCGUAUCACUCUCUCUUUUUGCUUCUCCCAACGAUCCUAGAUCCUGGUUUCUCUCACUCCCACCAGCUCUCCGUCAACAUUACUCAGAAGGACGAACAAUCAAAGUCCAGGUAAACCCUGACGAGUCACUGAUCGAGGUUUUUGUAGCUGAAUCUGGUUCGAUUCAGCCAGAGAAAGUGAUAAUCGUUCAUGGGUUAGGUCUUAGCUCUUACGCGUUUCGGGAGAUGAUCCAGUCGCUCGGAUCAAGAGGGAUUCAUGGUGUGGCUAUUGAUUUACCCGGAAAUGGAUUUUCUGAUAAAUCGAUGGUAGUGGUUGGUGGAGAUAAAGAAAUAGGGUUUGUAGCUAGACUUAAGGAAGUUUAUGGUCUGAUUCAAGAGAAAGGCGUUUUCUGGGCGUUUGAUCAGAUGAUUGAAACUGGAGAUUUGCCUUACGAGGAAAUCAUGAAACUCCAGAACUCGAAAAGGAGAAGCUUAAAAGCUAUUGAAUUAGGGAGUGAAGAAACGGCAAGGGUUUUAGGUCAAGUGAUUGAUACAUUGGGUUUAUCUCCUGUUCAUUUGGUUCUUCAUGAUUCAGCUCUAGGGUUAGCAUCAAACUGGGUCUCCGAGAAUUCACCCAAUGUUCGAAGUAUUACGCUUAUCGACUCCAGUAUUAGCCCGGCAUUGCCCUUGUGGGUUUUGAAUGUACCUGUAAUCAGAGAGGUCUUGUUAGGGUUUUCGUUUGGGUUUAAGAAACUAGUGAGCUUCCGUUGCUCAAAGGAGAUGACUUUAUCGCAAAUCGAAGCUCAUAGGGUACUAUUGAAGGGACGAAACGGGAGAGAAGCUGUUGUUGGUUCAUUGAAGAAGCUUAACCAUAGCUUUGACAUGGCACAGUGGGGUAACUCGGAUGCGAUCAACGGUAUCCCGAUGCAAGUGAUUUGGUCUAGAGAAGGGUCUAAAGAAUGGACCGAGGAAGGACAAUGUGUAGCUAAGGGUCUUCCAAAGGCAAAGUUUGUUACUCACUCAGGCAGCAGAUGGCCUCAGGAAAGCAAAUCCGGCGAGCUUGCAGAUUACAUUGCUGAUUUUGUCUCUCUACUCCCAAAAUCCAACAGAAGGGUCUCUGAAGAACCUAUUCCGGAGAAUGUUCAGAAAAUGUUAGAUGAAGCAAAGGGUGGUGACCAUGACCGUCAUCAUGACCACGGGCAUGCGCAUGCUGGUUACACAGAUGCUUACGGUCUUGGUGAGGAAUGGACUACUUAA